GGCUCCUCAUACUCUCAUCUUUACACACAAACACAAGCAAAGCUUUUGUUUUGAACAGUGUGGGAACAGACAGACCAUGGGGGAGCACCACAGUGGCUCGGUCGGAGUCACACAACCAUCUGUGUCAGGAGAGCAGAUGGACGGGCGCAUUUACGAGGUCGCGGUGCAGAGCAACUCCACUAAUCACACCUCCCAGUUUGCAGACGUGGCUCUGCUGCAGAAGUUCAAGUCCCUCAUUAUCCCCUGCUAUGUGCUGGUGGUGGUGGUGGGCGUCUUCGGGAACUACCUGCUCCUCUACGUCAUCUGCCGAACCCGAAAGAUGCACAGUGUCACCAAUUUCUUCAUCGGCAACCUGGCCUUCUCCGACAUGCUCAUGUGUGUGACUUGUGUCCCUUUCACUCUCGCCUACGCCUUCAAUCCACACGGUUGGGUAUUUGGCCGCUCAAUGUGUUAUGUGGUGUUCCUCGUCCAACCGGUCACAGUCUACGUUUCAGUCUUCACACUCACAGCUAUUGCGGUGGACAGAUAUUACGCAACUGUUCAUCCCCUAAAGAAGCGCACCUCAGUGGCCACCUGUGCCUCUGUCCUCACAGGCAUCUGGCUGCUGUCCUGCGGGCUGGUGGCUCCGGCAGUGACCCACACCUACCACGUCGAAUUCAAAGAGGAGGGCUUCACCAUUUGUGAGGAGUUCUGGUUGGGACAAGAGAAAGAAAGACGUGCUUAUGCAUACAGCACCCUGCUGGUCACAUAUGUCCUGCCACUGUCAGCCGUCUUCAUCUCUUAUCUGUGCAUCACUGUCAAACUGAGGAACUGUGUUGCACCAGGCCACAGGACACAAGACCAGACAGGUGCUCAGCAGGCUCGUAAGAGGAAGAUCUUUCGCUUGGUCGCACUCCUGGUGUCUGCCUUUGCGGUGUGCUGGCUCCCGAUUCAUGUGUUCAACGUGCUGCGAGACGUUGACAUCCACCUUAUCAACAAGCGCUACUUCUUGCUUAUACAACUGCUGUGCCACCUGUGCGCCAUGAGCUCCUCUUGCUGCAACCCUUUCCUCUACGCAUGGCUACACGACCGCUUCCGCACUGAGCUGCGCAAGAUGUUCAAGUGCCGCCAUCGAAUUGGAGUGCCUGCCAAUCACUGUGCCGCCAGUGUGGUCUUGUAAUCGAUUGCUGAAAAUCUUCAGCGUGGUGCAGAAUGAAUGGAGUUCAUCCUGUGGCCACUGAUAAUAUCCACAAGACAUGUUUUCCUGGCAGUGCAUUGACUAUUAUGUUGUGUACAAAGGCAAUGUAUUAGCCCGGGGUAGCUCUUGAACAGAGGCCAUUUUUCUGGGGUUUGUAAAAGUCAAUUUCGUUAAAGGGAAGAAGAAAUUUCCCCCCACCAACAGGAGCAAACAAAAGAUUCUUUAUUCUCUAUGGGUCACGCAUAUCUCCAAAUUAAACACCACAAAAAGUUGAUUAUUUGCCACAAGGUUGCUGCUACAGGAGAAAUCCCACAGAGUACAACCUGCUGAGGGUUCAUCCUCUGGGAAUCACGAGUGUGCCCAGUAGAUUUCAUGACAAUCUGCCACUUGGACUUUGAGAUUUCUUCUACAAAAAUGAAUAGACAAAGGGUCACUACUGUAUAUUAAAUUUAAAUGGGUGGCUAGUACCAUUAAAACCUAUUCUCUGGGAGGCAUGAAUCACAGCAGCAGAUUCAAUAGAAAUCAGAUCAUUCAUUAUGAAGAUACCUUGUCCUGGACUAUGGUGUUGGGUUAUGAUGGGGGUGUUGAAUAAAAGGCCAGAGGUCACUCAUAUCAUGGAAAAGCUCUACAAAGGUACAUUAUGGGUUUGGGAUCCCCCUCUGGAAACCACGACUGUCCACACCAAACUUCAAGGCACCCAGGCCAGCGGCUGUCCAGAUCUCUUUCUCUGGAGUAAUACAUGAACAGACCGACCGACACUGGGCCAAACGUGGGCUGACCCUUUGAUUCAUCCAUCCAUUCAUGGACUUGUUCAUAACAGAUUUUAUCUUUGUGAGGUAAAGGCUUAAAAUAUCUAAGAAUGCUUUUCAAUAUUUGAUGUAACACACUGCAAUGUAUAUGUAGGCUACUGUUCUAACCUACUGUAUAUGGAAAGAUGUAUAUCUGUAAGAAUGAGAUACUGUCCCUGUGAUGGAAGAGAUGAAAUCUUAUGGGUGUCAUAAAUGUCUGUUAACAAACGAAUGAGGAUAAAAAACUAUAAUGAACUAGAAAGGCCAGAUAAAGGUUGAUGAACAAAGUGAAGCUGAAUAUAUGAAAAGCAAAUGAGACCCUCCGUUCAGGUCGCGUUUGGAGUGGUCACCACAGAUGAGUUUGUUUUACACCGGGGCAUUGGUGUCAGAUCUAAUAAUCUAGUGCUCCUCCUCUAGAGCCUGAUGGAAUAAAUUAUUAUCAUGAACUUGUGCCCCUGGGCUUUAAUUUUCUUAUAGCCCAAGGUUGAAUAUGCACCUUGCUGUAUAAUUUAUUAAACAAUUUCUAAUAGCCUUGUAAAUUGGCUUUAAACAAUGGUUGUAAAAUUGGAUGUAUUGAAGUGUGGUGGUUGGUUUCGUGUUCUCUGUGCUGGUCUGUAUUCUGUACAUGCAUACAUGUCCUCUGACUCAAGGUAGGAGUGGAGGUGGACUAAAGUGUCACUGAAGUGAUUAACCACUGCUGUUAUAGUUGCUCUUUCCCAUCAUCAUCGACUCUCCAACAAAAUGGCUUUGGAUACAUACAGUAUACAGUGCUUUCAAUAUUAGUAUAUAUUAUUUGUGAUGUUACAUGCUACAAAGUUAUUUGAAGUGGUCUGUGCCAACACACACUGUGAAUAAAAAGACAAAACCAGACGACCUCUGUGUUUGAGAUCAAUGGAACUGCAUGAUGACAGAAAACAGAAGGGAAUUAUGACCAACAUGUUCAUAGAUUAUAUUUACUUAUUAAAUAACAGGGAGAACAGAGGUGGUUUCUACAUAUCGACUACAGGCCUGAUUCAGACAUUCAGCGUAUUUGAUGUAUUCAUGGACACUAUCCUGCAUCAGUAGAAAUAUUUACAUUCACACCAAUAUUCUGAUAUCAAACUUAUUAACACAAAUUCUGAAUUUUCUGAUUUCCUUAACC